AUUAUAAGCAAGUUGAUGUUGUUUCUUACUGAUCCAUUUUACUUAGAUUGGAAUACCCUUAUUGUUGGGAAGCUCUCUCCAUGGAUUGAUGCAGAUUCUGAAAUUGAGACGGAACGCAGAAACUCGGAAGCUGCUCUCACACAGGAGCUAAACUUCUCGGCCUACCUGGGUCUGCCCGUCUUUAUGAUCCCUCUGAAAGGCCCUCGGAAUGCCAAUCUUGCUCGCCUGCUGCUAAACCACAUCCAUACUGGACACCACACCUCAAAUGUAAGCUACACACUGGGCUUCAGGUUCUCCAGCACUGUGCUGGAUUUCUGACGUGGGGAUGUUUUUGAU